AUACUUUCUGUCCCUGCAUGCGCACACUCGUACUCGACGCCCGGGCUGGUCUGCGUCCACAACAGAUAAUAACAUGGACCACAAUCAGCCUCCCUUUCCUGACUUUGACUUUGCUUUUGAUCCCAACCUCUUUCCCCCUCCGCCGCCGUUGCCGCCCUCGGCAGGCCUGUUCUCGCAGUCAGAGACAACGGACCUCUUUGGCUUCCUCGACAACUUCAACUUCGAUCUCGACGAAAACCUCUUCGUAGACCAUGCCCAGGGCGAUGGCUCAUCAAAUGGAUUCGGGCCAUUUCUCGAGCCCCCGUAUGCCAAUGGCGCGUCGCCCACAUCGCAUGCUCCGUUCAGCGGGCAAGUGCCAUCGCGGCCAGGUGAAGGAUCGCGUCAUCCUGAACCUGAACCAUACUUCUCGCAUCCUCGAGAUCAGACAACCCGUCGAACCUCGUCACAGUCGUUAACCCCGCCUGCAUCAGCAUCAUCUCCACCAUCCGGCAGUAAUGCCCAAUCGAAUCCGCCGCGGCCCAAGACCCUCCUUUCGUCUCCGCAGAAGAGAUUAAAUCACAUAAUGUCCGAGCAGAAGCGGAGGAACGCGAUUCGGGACGGCUACGCACAGCUAAUAGCUUUGCUCGCGCCCGAAGGGAGUUCAGUUGCGAUUGGUAUGCCGACGCGAGGACGGCCGAAAGGGAGCGGCAAUAGGGCCAAGGGUCGGAGUCAGGGAAAGAGUGGUGUGUUGUUCCGAGCGGUGGAGUAUUGCAAGUUUCUGGAGGAAGGGAGGGAUGCUUUGAAGGCAGAGGUUCUGCGACUUGAGGCUGCAGCAGGCGUUCUUGCGCCUGGUCCAUAAGAAGAUUGUGCAAGUAUCCCUUCACCUUUUACAGCCAUCUGUAUCACCAGUCUCUGUAAUUUAGCUCCCAUUUGUACCCAUAGUGCUUCUCACAGUCUAUUUCCUCCUUCGUAUACGGUAUAUACAUACCAUGUAGAUCUUAUCCAUACCGGGAUGCACGUGGGGGACGGAUUUGAUGAAUGCUAUGAUGCAGUAUG